CAUUAUGUGAUCGUCAGAACUAUUGGUCUUGCACAUGAUGUGGCUGCAGGUCGUCUCGUGGGUUACCUAACCAGCAUCUCUGAGCUCAUGGAGAGACACAAUCACCACAUGACCGACCCCACAGAAUGACCCCUGGGCCUAAAGACCGUCUUAAUCCUGUUGGUGGAUUAGAGCGAUAUUCUGAUCCUGUGCCGGUGAGACGGACGACAUAAGUUCAUUCACUCAACCAAUCAGAAGGAGCAGCAGUCAGUUAAUGCCGCUGUGUACGUGUACUUGUGUGAGUUCUACUCUCAUCCAUUCAAGCUCAGCAGACCAGAGAGGAGGACGACAUCCUGAACCUUCCAGAAUACAGAUACCUGUUCAACCAUCUUCCAGGAUGUUCUCCCAAUAUAAAAUCAUCAUGUUGAUGAACUGCCUGCUACUCCUGACUGUGAUGUUUCCUGCGGUCCAGUCACGUCGGGGCGGGGGCUUUGGCCGUGGGGGAGGCCGGGGUGGAGGAUGGGGUGGAAGCAGCGCCGGACGCACGGGAUGGGGAGGAGGCGGUGGACAUUACCAUGCCCCACCAGUCCAUACCGGAGGCUCCUCGGGACACAGUACAGGGAAGGUAGUAGGGGCAGCCGCCGCCGGAGCUGUAGGGGGAAUGCUGGUCGGACACGGCUUGAGCUCCUUGGCCCAACCUGGAUAUGGCUACGGGCAUGGCUAUGGUGGUUAUGGAGGCUACGGUGCAGGGUAUGGGCAUGGCCACGGCCACGGGUACGGCCACGGACAUGGGCACAGACACGGACACGAAGGACAUGGUGGUGAGCAUUCAAGAGAUCAUGUUCACAAUGAGACAGAUGUGGAUUAUUACACAGAUGCUGCCAGUUCUGGACCUAUUUAUAGCUGCCUGACAGUUUUUGGACUUGUGAUGUCAUUCUUACUUGGGUACAUUCUGUUAUAAAGGACACUUUGGCACUCGGCAUAGGUCAGUCUUGGGCACCUUCUUACAUCUGCCACUUCUUUCCAUACAAAAAUAAUCAAAUAAUCUAACAAAAUAAAAAAUGUGUGACAGACGUAGCAUUAAAACAUGGAGUAAAAUGAAGAGCAACUCAACCACUAUCAAGGAUUUCAUUACACCUGAGGCCUGCAUUGACAGCAGAAAAAUAAUGUUACAGUUGCUUGCAUGGCAUUUUGAACCAAUAGACUUUAGUUUGAAAUAGUUUCCAAUGUUUGUUUUUUGUUUUGUUUUUUAGCUCUGAAGCAAGAGUUAUGAAAAGCAUAUGCCUGUAAUUUUUUUUCUUGAGAAUUAUGGUUUUAUAAAUGAAUAAAGUAGAUUUUUGUAAUGAUUUAGUUUAUCUGAAAGAUGGGGUUUUGCAUCAUUCAAAAUAUAUAUGUAGUUAUUAUCUAAAGAUAUUUGCAGAGCAUCACGUGUAUAUUUAUACUUUAUAUUUACACAAAUGUGCAUUGAUUGUUCUUCUCAAUGAUUUAAUCUGUUCCUGCCAUUUACGUCAGCGAACAUUCAAAAUAAAACAAGGCUUAUGGUAAAAUCACAUUAAACCACAAUAAGCUUGCCGAAGUGUGUCUGGUCAAGAGCAAAUCUUGUUAAAGGGCUCGGGCACUCUCUACCUCACUUACCCGAGCUCUUUAACAAGCAGCUGAUUGUCUUAAACCAAAAGAUUCCAGCGCUCUCGCUUGUACACCUUCUUAGAUCUGUUUACCAGUAUGUACGUUUAUUUUUGUACUGCUAAUAUAAAAUAAAUACACUUCCUUAAAUA